CGUCAGGGUGGGGAUGCCGAGCAGUCAGUCGUUUGUGUGACGCAGAACCGUGCGCUCGUCCAUGUACGUUCCGUUCAUUGUAUAGUGCUGUGUUGAAUCGCUGGAUCUUCAACUAGUGAAAGUCACAUUCUCAGAUCGAGCAAUUUUUUAUUUUUUUCGAGUGGCCAGUGAGUGUGGUGUGUGGUGUUUGAGAGUGUUUUCUUCGAUUUUUUUUUCUUUUUGGGUUGGAUACACUGACUCGUCGACACGCGUUCCCGAUCCGACAACGCGCGCGGGGUAUCUCCUUGUUCCGGUGGGAUUUUAGAGAAAAUGUUUUGCUAACGGAAGAUGUACCCGAGUGCUGGAAUGAACGCAGCUGCAGCCGCAGCGGCCGUGGCCGCCCGUCAUCCGGGUCCACCCCAACCAGGACAACCAUUCAAAUUCACAGUAGGCGAAUCAUGUGAUAGGAUAAAAGAGGAAUUCAAUUUUCUUCAAGCACAAUACCACAAUUUGAAGUUAGAAUGUGAAAAGUUAGCCAGUGAAAAGAUCGAAAUUCAACGACAUUAUGUGAUGUAUUACGAAAUGUCAUAUGGACUCAACGUGGAAAUGCAUAAACAGACUGAAAUAGCAAAGAGACUGAAUGGUAUUAUAGCUCAAAUACUGCCAUUUUUAUCGCAAGAUCAUCAACAACAGGUAGCUACAGCUGUAGAGAGGGCGAAACAAGUGACUAUGUCAGAACUAAACGCAAUUAUUGGACAACAAAGACCCGACCUGCCAAGACUCCUGCAACAGAUGCAUGCGCAACAACUACCAUCCCACGCCGCUCCACCGUUACCCAUGAUGCCUCAUCCAGGUCUAGCUGGAGCACCACCAAGUUCAGCUGCCAGUUUGUUGGGUUUAUCUGGGGCCUUAGGAGCCCCCGGUCAACAUCCCCUGGCUAUGCUGGCCGGCAAGCCGGACAUGCACAGGUCGGAUGACGUCAAGUCGAACAGCGGUAUCAACUCUGCCGAGGAACGUCACAGGAAUUCGAUUUCACCUGGAGACAGAGAAAAAUACCGAUCUAGGACCCCGCAAGAAAACGAACACAAAAAGGCUAAAAAGGAAGAAAAAGAUAUGGGCCACGUAAGUAUUAAACAUAGUGACGGCGAGAAGAGCGACCAGGACUUGGUGGUCGACGACGCGUCCGAAGAUCCAAUAUCUCCACCAAACGGUACUGCGUCACCGAGGGAAAACGGCUUGGACAAACUGAACGCCAAGAAGGAUCAUCCGGGUCCGCACAGCCCCCGUUCAGGUACGUCCAGUAACGCAUCGACGCCAUCGACCAAAAAAUUGGACGGCGACAAGCCCAGUACACCGAUUUCCAAACCGGUAACUCCGACAUCGGCCGCUGGACCGUCCAGUGGCGCUGGAGGUCUCAAGCCAGUCGUCAAACCGCCGACGCUUGGUCAGUAUCCGCCCUACCUGGCGGGUAUUUCAAAUGGCGCUGCGCCACAUGAACUGCAGGCUGCUGCCGCCGCUGCUGGAGCAUAUGGUGGACUACACAACAACCUGCCACCUGCUUUGAACAAUUACCCGAGGCCACCACUACAAGUCGGGUACGAUCCUCAUUCGCAGAUGAGGGCACCAGUGGUACCAGGACUGGGGAUUCCUGGUGGAAAACCAGCCUAUUCCUUUCAUGUGAGUGCAGAGGGCCAGAUGCAACCCGUUCCAUUCCCUCCUGAUGCCUUAAUAGGACCGGGAAUACCCAGGCACGCGCGGCAAAUAAAUACUCUGAGCCAUGGCGAGGUGGUUUGUGCGGUCACGAUAUCGAACCCAACGAAAUACGUCUACACCGGAGGAAAGGGGUGCGUCAAGGUCUGGGACAUCAGUCAGCCCGGAUCCAAGAGUCCUGUCUCGCAAUUAGAUUGCCUGCAAAGAGAUAACUAUAUAAGGUCAGUCAAACUUCUACCAGACGGAAGAACCCUGAUAGUCGGAGGAGAAGCUAGCAAUCUUUCAAUAUGGGAUCUGGCCAGCCCCACGCCACGCAUCAAGGCGGAGCUCACCUCGAGCGCGCCAGCCUGCUACGCCCUCGCCAUCAGCCCCGACUCCAAAGUGUGCUUCAGCUGCUGCAGCGACGGAAACAUAGCCGUCUGGGACCUGCACAAUCAGACGCUCGUAAGGCAGUUCCAAGGACACACGGAUGGCGCUUCCUGCAUAGACAUUUCGGCCGACGGCACCAAGCUAUGGACCGGUGGACUAGACAAUACCGUCCGUAGCUGGGACUUGAGAGAGGGCAGACAGCUCCAACAACACGACUUCAGUUCGCAGAUCUUCUCAUUGGGGUAUUGUCCCACCGGCGAGUGGCUAGCCGUUGGCAUGGAGAACUCCAACGUUGAAGUUCUGCAUGCCUCCAAGCCGGACAAGUAUCAGCUCCACCUGCACGAAAGUUGCGUUUUGAGCCUCAGGUUCGCCGCGUGCGGCAAGUGGUUCGUCUCGACCGGCAAGGACAACUUGCUGAACGCCUGGAGAACACCCUAUGGAGCUAGCAUAUUCCAGUCUAAGGAAUCAUCGAGUGUGCUGAGUUGUGACAUCUCAGCGGAUGACAAAUACAUAGUGACAGGUUCCGGUGACAAGAAGGCGACCGUCUACGAAGUGAUCUAUUAAAAAAAAAACGUUAGGUUUAUUGAUGGUUUCGUUGGACGACCAGUUCGAAUAAAAGUGCAAGACUUCAGUAGAUUAAUAAAAGAAAUGUGAUACUUAUCUAUAAUUACUAUUUUCUGGUUGGAAAUUUAUGAGUUGAUUGAAAUUUUUAAGUGAUCUGACGCUUGAAGGGUUUGUUGAUUUCGGUGAUCUCCAUGACAAUUUGAUGAUAUAUAGUUAUCCAAUUUGUAUAUAUCAGGAUCAGAAGAUGAAGAAGAGUUGGAACAAGUUGGUGGCCAUCCAACGCAUGAACUCUAAAAUGAAUAAUUUUAACUUUGAAUAUUGUAAAUACAACUGACGAAAAUGAGCACAUUGUUUUUUGUUAUUUAAUAUGUAGCGCAUUAUCGAGAAUGCAAACAAGAUAAAGACAAAUGUAUAUUAUCUAUAUAUUUGUAAUUAAUGCUAUUUUAGCGAAGUGUGAAAUUCCGAAGUAUCUCAGUGUUGCUCCAACUUCGCAUGUGCAAAAUAGUACCUUUUAUGUAUAUCAAUGUGUUUUCGUUCUCCAACUAGAUAGCAUUUAAUACAUCCUGAAUUUAUGUUAUAGAUUUGUAGAUAACUGAAAUAUUUUAUUCUUGUUUUUAUUUUCAUAUUUGAUAAUUAUAGGUUUCUUUUUUCUUUCUUAGAUACUUAUGUGAGCAUUGUGACAAAAACAAUGACAUUCAUUCAACAGGAUUUCUUUCGAAAUCACCACAAUCUUCGAAUUAUGAAGUCAAUAUCAAUUGUUCAGUAUUUCGUAUCUUUUGUAAUAAAAGACAUCAACAUUGCAUACCUCAGCAGAACAAGAGAAACAAUAGCCCAGAUGUAUUUUUACCAGAAAUCGAAAAUAAAUUAUGUUAUUUUCAUUCUUAA